AUGGGUAUUAAUGAGGGGACCUCUGCGCACAAGCGUUCAACUCGCAGGACAGCCCUAGUUGCUCACGAGAAGAUCUCCGACCUUUACGUCAAGAAUGGGGAUCUCGACGAGCAUGCAGACUCCCAGAUGUGGUUCGAAGCGCGCGCAGGCCCCAGUUCCACCACCCUGCGUACUAGCCCCAAGUCGGAGAUUGUCAGGACCGCUCGUACUCGUACUUGUCCCUGCCCAGAAAGAAACAAGGAACUAGAAGAGGAGAUACGAGAGCUAAAAACGCGAAUCAAGGCUUUGGAAGAAGAAAAGGAAACCAUGAGAAGAGAAUGUGACGAGCUCAGGAGAACUGUGAAGGGAUGCGAAGGCGCAGUUGGAGACAACGCUCGGGGAAUGGGGCUAAUUGCCGAGGAAUGCGAUGAGCUCAAAGACCGCGUCGGGAACUGCGAGGAGCAAAUGCAGGAAAUCAAAAGAAUCCUUUUGGCCUUUUCAAUGGGUCUCAUACGCGCCGCCGACGUCGAACCGUGUUCACAAGUGCUCUCCGAUGGUGGCUAUCUCAUCCGCCGGGAGCUCAGACACCACAUCAGCAACCGGCUCCCACCAGCCCAGCUCUCCCAGGAAUUCGAGUCGCAAUAUUUCGAGUCACAGCCUGAGGAUACUCAUACAGACAACUGUCUUAUGUAG